AUGUCGCUUAUCUCUCAACUUAAAUUGAAAGGAGCAGUAGAGGAAUGUAGUCCGUCAAAUGAUCAAUUUAUUUCUAGCUUCUUUCUUCUACCGAAACCUGAUGGGUCUCUCAAAUUCAUUUUAAAUCUUAAAGAUCUCAAUGAAUUUAUCCAAACAGAGCAUUUUAAACUCGAAGACUACAGAACAGCUGUCAGUCUUGUAUAUCAAUUUACUUGUCUUCCGUUUGGUCCUUGUACAGCCCCUCAAGUGUUUACGAAACUAAUGAAACCUGUUGUUUCUUAUCUACGAAGAUUAGGAUAUAGUUCGGCUCUUUAUUUAGACGACUUUCUGCUUUUUGGAGAUACAUAUCAGGACUGUGAGGUGAAUUUAAAGACAACUAAAGAGUUAUUAGAAAGCUUAGGGUUCAUAAUAAAUUUGAAAAAGAGUCAUUUGAAUCCCGAACAGAGAUGCAAGUUCUUAGGGUUCAUUUAUAAUUCUAAAUCUAUGACAUUAGAACUACCCUCUGAGAAGCGAUCUCAUAUUCAUAAACAGCUAGAGAUCUUUAGCAAACUUUUACAGUGUAGGAUAAGAGUUUUCGCACAGUUCUUAGGAUCUAUAGUAGCUUGUUGUCCAGCUAUUAAAUACAGCUGGGUCUACACAAAGGAUUUAGAAAGACAAAGAUUUUUAGCAUUAAGAGAAAAUGGUGAAAAUUAUGAUGUUCUUAUGACUGUAAGAUUUAAUCCUUCGGACUUGAAAUGGUGGCAAUCAUCUAUCUUAUCUGGUAAUAACUCUAUCAAAGGUCUUGUGUUUCGCUCAGCGAUUUUUUCUGAUGCUUCUAAGUCAGGAUGGGGAGCUGUAUGUAAUAAUCAAAAAGAUAGUGGAUUCUGGUCAAUGUCUGAACGUAAACUUCACAUUAAUUUCUUAGAACUCAAAGCCGCCUUCUUUGGUCUUAAAAGUUUAGCAAAAAACUUUCGUAAUGGGGAAAUUUUAUUAAGAAUAGAUAAUACAACUGCCGUGUCGUACAUUAAUAGAAUGGGCGGUGUUCAGUACAAGGAUUUAAACAAGAUCUCAAAAGAGAUUUGGCAAUGGUGCGAGGAGCGCAAUAUUUCGAUUUUUGCUUCCUAUAUUAGUUCAAAAGAUAAUUUUGAAGCAGAUGCAGAGUCGCGACAAUUAGAACCUGAAACGGAAUUUGAACGGUCUAUUCCCGCAUUCAAUAAGAUUGUCAAAACUUCUAGAAAACCAGAAAUCGACUUGUUUGCAAGUAGAACGAAUUCGAAAUGUAUACGUUAUAUCUCCUGGAAAAGAGAUCCUGGGUCUGAGGCGAUAGAUGCUUUUACCUUGGAUUGGACUUUGGAAUCCUCAUCCGCUUUGGAAAACCCUUACCCUGGUGGUAGGAUGGUUAUCCGGGAGGCGUUCCUGAGAGGAGGAGCCCCAGAAAAAUCGUUGGAGGUCAUGACGGGUUCUCUAAGUUCUUCUUCGAUAAAAGCGUAUGACGUGGCACUCAAAAAAUGGUGGAGAUUCUCAGCCGCGAGAUCGAUUGAAUUAUUUAAUCCUCCCAUAGGAGACCUACUAGCUUUCCUAACCAUUGAAUUUGAUAAGGGGUUGUCACAUAGCUCUAGAAACGCCACAAGGUCAGCAAUCUCAUUAAUCGUAGACUCGGAAAUUGCUAAGGACCCUAGAGUGAAGCGUUUUUUAAAGGGGUGUCCAGUUUGCGAUCUUCAAGACCACGUUAUGAGAGCACCUGGGAUCGAAAGAUAG